UGACAUGCCCGGUUUUUACAAUAUAAAAGGGUAUAAACUAGCAUGACAUAAACUGGACUGUUUACGUAUGUAUAUGACCAGGAUUUGGUUCGAUCUCUCCCUAUAUAUAGAAGUGAUCAAGCAGGACGGAUAUUUAAUAUACGGCGCUUAUAUCAAGACUGCGCAUGUCCGCAGGUACAUAGAUCAGUAUUGAUUUUGGCUUUGUUAUACACUCUGUGUGUGUAUACCCUGGGUAUUGAGAGCAACAGUACGAAACUGUAUUUCCAAGCCGUCAAUCUGGACCGCCGCACCAAAGAAGAAGAGCUACAUGACUUUGUUCAUCGGGUUUUCACCCGGCGUGGAGUAGAAAUGAAAAAUGGAGAUAUGAAACCAAUUACAGACGAUAUAGCGUGCAUGGAUACCACAAAUUUUGACAACCCCUCCGGUGUUAACAAUGUUAAAACCAAAACCGGGCGGAUAGAUGGAAAACGAAAAUUGGUGCUUCAUUUCGAUAUUCGGAAUACGGUGCUUGUGGCAGAUUCGGUAACUAGAGUUUCUAUGGAACAGGCUUUGAACAGUUUUCUGACGGGGGUGGCAUGGGGAAAAGCACAGAAUUCUGAAUGGCACUGGCAUUCCUACACCCCGUCCCUCACCCCUCCCGCCCCGGGGACUACAACUAUAUACAAGUUCCUGGAAAAACUUCUCGUGAAAACUCCGGCAGACAGGACCAACUUACGGAUAGCGACCGGUGAUUUUACACACACAGCCAUGGGAGAGGGAUUUCUGCCUGUUUUUCAAGAACACUUGCACCUAUUAAGAUGGCGACAAGAUCCUGUAGAACAUCUAACCAUGUCUGGCAAAAAUGGAAAGCAAUAUCACUAUAUUCUGCCUUCUGUGUAUAGGGUUAUUCAUCAGCUUUAUGAGGAUGGACGCGAUUUCUCAGUGGUUUUCAGAACCUACGGUUUAGAUGCCAAAAAUGUACUUACUAGUCUUUCUCAUGGAUUAUCCGGGAAUCACCCGGACUUUCCGAACCCUUUGGACAUGAAAGUCAACACAACUCAUGGAAAAGUUUACCGAAAACCCAACGAGCCAAUCGUAUUCGAAAUCAAAGAUGGAAAGUCUAAGAAUGGAGAAGAGGCUUCAGUUUACUCAGGGGAUCGAGAGAUAUACUCCAUGUUGAGCCAAACGGAGGGGAUAUGUGCUUUCCAGGACGAUUUUCUGUGUUGGCAGAACAAUACCUACCACCAUCGGACUGCCAAACCCUUGUACAUAGACCCGUUCGAUCAAACCGUCCACCAUAUAUUCUUUGACGACAAUAUACGAACAUUUGAGCACGAUAGCAUCGUAGAUGUGAGAGUGUUCGAAGCGCCAGACGCGAAGGAAGCGAGAAGUAUAUCAAACCAGGAGGCUGCAAUGUACGAAACGAUGAACAUGAUCCAGGCGGAUUUAUUACAAGCAAUCAAGGACCCAGAAUAUUUCGUGAAGGCGGUGCGGACGUGUGAGGAAAAAUACUCAAAAUAUUUGGACGAGGUUUCGAAUGGUUCAUAAAUCGCAUUAUCAGAAAUUAAGAGAGAAAGGGAAUAAUCAGUGCAUACAUGUAUGACGCCUGAAUCAUGCGAAGUUAGUGCUUCACUGACAUUAAUAUUUUAUCGAAGAUCUGUUUUUCACUAACCGUACAUGGGCCAUUUUUUUUUCGAUUUAUUUAUAUGUUUUUUUAAUUGUUAACAAUUACAUUCCGGGUAAUUUGUUCAGUACGUGUAUAUGUGUACACAGUUUGGACAGCUGCCAAGUUCUCUUUUCUUUAAAAUUUAGAAGACGAGUUACGUUGAUAGCCAGUACCUUUAAAGAUUCCUCUGUUUGCUGCAAGUACAUAACAUAGGCAUGUCCUAUAUUACGGAUCGAUUUCUAAUAAAUUAAUGGCAAUAUUAGCGGAUCCCAGGGGGCGUAUUCGGAAACACCGUAACAUCUUGUGUCUUAAUUUUCAAAGAAUGUUUACAUUAAUGUUUUAACACUUUUCUGCGCCUCCUCAUGAUUUAAAUCAAUAGGCUUCAUUCAAUGGUUCGAUGAAAAUCGAUCCGACGACCCUGCACUAGAUCUCUUAUAUAAACUGAAUUUUAAAUUGAGCUGCAGAAAUUUAAUCCAAUAUUCGAUAUAUGGAGUUUCGCCUAAACAACAUAACUUUAAGUUAGCUGGUUUUGUAAACAAGUCGGAAUCUUAAAGGCCAGGGUAGGAAAAAAAGUUGACCAUUUGAUUCAUAUUGCGAGUACAUGUAUGAUGCUACACUAGUAUAUGACGUCAUAAUGACAAGACUGUGAUAGAUAGACGCUAGAUAGAUAUGUGAUAAACAUUAAAACAUGCCAAUAAUCAAUUUAACUAAUGUUUGUUCAAUCAAAAAAUAUAUUUAAUUUUUUUUAUGUCCAUGAUGCAUUCAUUUUAUGAACUAUUUACCCGUUGUUUUUUUUUUGCUUCAGAUUUUAAUUUUUUUUCUUACCUCUUCAUGUGUAUGCGACGUGCAAUACUGUUUAAAACUUGGAUGUCGAAAGAAAUCCACAGCUAAUUGUAUUGAUAGCGGAUCAUAGUUCACAUCAGUGUGAAACCGAACAAGAAAAAAUAAAAAAAUGUAGUUUGAUCAAUUAGGAUAUGCAAUUUUUUUGUUAAAAGUUACAUCAUUCCUUUUUGGUAAAUAUUUUAUAGGGAAAAAAAGUCCGAGUGUUCAUUUGAAUGCAUAAAUUAGAACUAUUAUAGUAAGAAACUUAGACUAAUUUAAUUAAAAUUAAUUAAGAUGUUUGUUCGUUCCUGGCAUAACCAUGAUUAUAUAUAUUAUGUAUACAAUGUUGACUAAUCUAACAGAAUUGUAAACCACAACUUGAUGGUACGUUGUACGUGAGUAAAAAUCUUCCCACAAUUAAUGUGCAAUGACAACCAAAAUAAAAACAAUUCAUGACUGACUAAUAUUCUAUAUA